AUGAGUCCGGAUUUUCGCAUCUUGGAAAAUGACAACAACAACAAUUUUCACCACAACGAACACCAUUCAGAAACAUCAUUUAAGCUAACCCGAAAACUAGGACCUGAAUACAUUUCGUACAGACCAGGACCCGGUAACGUGAGAGUAGCAUACCUUGAAGGAUUCAAAGCAAUUCAGAUUGCAAAUGAGGUAUUCGGAUAUAACAAGUGGUCAAGCAGUAUUGGCUCAAUCGACAUUGAUUUUAUGGAUGAGAAUAAUGGUAGAUAUUCGAUUGGACUCUCGGUGAUUGUGCGAGUGACACUUGCUAAUGGUGCGUAUCACGAAGAUAUUGGAUAUGGGGAUUCGGAAAAUCAAAAAAGCAAAUCAAUGGCAUUUCAACACGCCAAAAAAGAAGCGGUAACUGAUGGACUAAAGAGAGCCUUACGUCAAUUUGGGAAUGUGUUGGGAAACUGUCUUUAUGACAAAAAUUAUAUUAAACAUAUCGGAUCUAUUAAAGCACCAAAUAUACCGAAACUUAAUUCUGACGAUUUAUAUCGAGCUUCAUACGUUACAGCACCAACAACUGUUACUACAAAUACAUCAACGAAUUUGCGACCUGUUACUGCCGUUCCUGAUGCGUCACAGCAAAAACCCAACAUCAAUAAAAAUAUCCCAACACAAUUACCAUCAUCGCAAUCGAAUAAUUAUGCACC